AUGCCUGGAGUUACUGUAAAAGACGUUAACCAGCAGGAGUUAGUCAGAACUCUGGCAGCCUUCCUCAAAAAGUCCGGGAAGUUGAAAGUCCCCGAAUGGGUGGCCACAGUCAAGUUGUUGGCCAAACAUAAAGGGCUUGCCCUAGAUGAGAACUGGUUCUACACACGAGCGGCUCCCCCAGCACAGCACCUCUACCUCCGUGGUAGUGUGGGGGACCAAGAUGGGCCGCAAGUUAACACCUCAGGGACAGAGAGAUCUGGACAGAAUCGCUGGACAGGUGGCAGCUGCCAGCAAGAAACAUUAGAACAAAGGAUGCUGGGUUAA